CUAUUCCCGUGUGAGCUUGGGAAAGCAUUGUGAUCCUAAGUGUCUGGUUCUUCAUAACCUUUUUGGUCACUGCGAAGGAACUGAAGUCGCUUUCUCGACCGUUACCGUCGCUUUCAUUGACUAAUUCACGACAACGCGAGACCUCGAGGAGACCCGUUGACUCCGGCUGAUGACCCCGUCACUCGUCGAGCUCAGGCCGUGAAUAAUGUCGCGCCGAAAGCAGAAACGACCGCAGCAGCUCGUUAACGCGGAUCCGGGGGGCACGCGCCUGGCACCGCAAGAUAAUCAGUUGGCUGUGAAGUCACCAUCCAACUCUCUUGCUUCAGAACCUACCUCAUCUUCCUCAUCAUCUCCAUCCCCCUCUUCCCUCCAAGACUGUCAACCUCCCCUUGCCCCAAGGCCAUCACCUGGUGGCCUGCAUGCCCCUUCCCUUCCUAAUGAAAGUUCCUCCCCUCCACACUGGCCCAGCCAUAUUGUCCCCUACACCACAUCUCUUCCCAAUACCCAUUCUUCUCUCUCCCCAGAUUUUCCACACCCUUCUCUGUCUUCCCAGACUCACUCCCCUCCUCCUGUCCAGCAGAAGGCUUCCCACAUUCCUGUACAUCAGCCUCAUUCUACUAUAUCCUCUCCUCAGAUGGGUAUCUCAGCCACAACCACCGGUUCAUCCUCUGCAUCCUCAUCAUCCGUCAAUGCUAUUCCACUUCCAAGGAGCCCAAAUUCCACACAGCAAACCUCUUCCAGUCUACCAGAGGAGGUUCAUGUGCCACCUACCCUGGCUGUGCUUUUAGAAGAACUUAGGGUGUUGCAACAGAGGCAGAUACACCAAAUGCAGAUGACUGAGGAAAUCUGCAGACAAGUGCUACGUUUGGGUGGAGUAAUCACCAGCCAGGAUACAGCAUCUUUGGAAACCCCUCAAAGAACCUCUGAAUCUCUCUCACCUUCUCUAACCACUUCAGGUCCUUCCCAAGCUACAGCCUCCUCCAUACCCUCAUCUAUUGCAACACUAGUCCCAGAAUCUGUUUCAAACCUCAACAUCUGUAAUACUAAUGGGCACAAAGAUUCAUAUUCCUCUUCAUCAUCCACACCAUCUUCUUCUGCCUCAUCUCUGGUGUCCUCAGGAGCUCCUGUGCUACCUCUUUCUUUGUCAUUGGGUAUUCCCCGUUACCUCCAUGAAAAGUCCUCCAACACAUCAUUGAGCCAGACCAGUGCUGUUAGUUACCAAACUCCUUCUCUGCUCACUUCUAGCACCCAGGAGCAGCUGUCACUCAGCUCUGCUGUGGGAACUUCAGCUGGGUCAUUGAGCACCUCAACAGGGCGCCAGCAGCAUGUCUGUCGAUUUUGUGGUAAGGUUCUAAGCAGUGACUCCUCCUUACAGAUUCAUCUGAGAUCCCAUACAGGUGAAAGGCCAUACCAGUGUCCUGUCUGUCUCAGUCGCUUCACUACACGUGGGAAUCUUAAAGCCCACUUUUUGCGCCACCGUGAGCAGAACCCAGAGCUAUCACUUUCCCUACUCCCACCUGCUCUGUCAGAGCAGAACCAGUCAGGAUCUGGGCUUGUGGCAGUACAGAGACGCAGGAAGCGCCGUGCAGAAGAUGAAGAGCCUUUUGCAGUUAAAGGUAGUGUGAGUGUACCAGAUGGCUUAGCCCUUGGUUUUUUAUCUGGUUCAUCUUCUCGUCUGUCUUCUUCCUCUCUGCCACUCCCUCCCAGUGUAGAUUUGGCUCUCUUGUCCACUGCCCAUUCCCUGCUACAGCUCAAUCGUGCAUCUGCUUCAACAGUGGCAUCUGCUUCAGCUAGUAUACAGUCUUCUUCUGCAUCUACCACCCCCUCUUCAUCUUCCUCUGCUAUAACAAACCAGUUUAAAGGUGCUAAGCAACAGAGAUUUGAUGAAAAUACCCCUCCACACUCCACCAUACAUCCCACUUCUCCAUACUCCCAGCUGGCCCACCUCCCCAAGAUCCUGUUUCCCUCGGGUCCCUCUCCCCAUCACCUGGCCCUCUUGCGUCCUCCUCACCUUCCCUCCCCUCACCCCCAGCUCACUUUUCCCUUUUCCCCUUACCCCAAACCCCAAUCCUCAUCUCCCUCCUCCUCCUCUCCAUCUUCUUCAACUGCUACUUCUGACACCUGCAAGCUCCAGAGACUAGCACAGAAGCUGGAGAAGCAGCCUCCAUCAAAACCCUUCAAUGAAGACCAGACUAAUGGCAGUACUCAAGCCAAUGAUGUCUCCACCACCACAACCACUAAUACUAUCUCAGAGUACAGGAGGGAAAUGAUGACAGCCUUGGGUCUAAAUCCUAAUUCCAACAGUGAUCUGAGCACCCAGAGCAUCUGUGGAACAAUUCCCUCCCUACCAUCUCUGGUGCCUAACCAAUGUGGAGUUUGUCUGCGUGUACUUAGUUGCCCUAGGGCACUUCGUCUUCAUCAGGCCACUCACCUUGGUGAGCGUCCUUUUCCCUGCAAGCUUUGUGGUCGCUCCUUCUCCACUAAAGGAAGUCUAAGGGCUCAUCUGGCCACCCAUAGAGCACGUCCACCAAAUACACGCACACAGAAUUCCUGCCCACUCUGCCAGCGUAAAUUCACUAAUGCUGUGGUACUUCAGCAUCACAUUCGGAUGCAUCUAGGGGGUCAAUUGCCACCAGAGGGCAAUGGAGAUCUGGGAACAGAGGACCAAGCUGAUCAAAUGGGCAGUGUUAUACUGCCAAAGACCAUCCAAUCUCUUCCUCUUAAUAUGAGUAUGAGUGUUUCUCCUAUUGCUAGCACACUUCACUCAAGCACUGUUUCAAGACCUAGCACAUCACCUGAUGCAAAACAAGCAGAAAAUUCUGAUAAAGAUGCCUCUGACACACCUAUUAGUCAAGUAAAUCUGAUUACUGAUCAAGUCUUGGAGAAGCAAGACCCCACAAGCCCAUUUACCAGUGAUGGCACAUCUGCUAACUCCUGUGCUUUAGAAGAAGAUCUUAACAGUGAUGCUAUCCCAAGCUGUGUUAAUGAUUAUAGUCUCAGUGCUCUCAAAGCUCUUCAUAACAAGUCUCAAACUUGUCCUGUAGUAAGUAAGGAGGAUGAGGAGAACAUUCCUCUUUCCCUCUGUACCAGAACCAGUUCCCAGGAUUCUUUGCCCGACAGCAGAGAUUUCACAGGACCUUCUCAUCUGGUGGUCAGUGAGCCAAAAUCCAACCCUCAGUCUGCUGCUCUUGAUCUUUCACCAGCACUCACACCACCCUCCAGCCCAUCCCAUCAACCUAAGCCAGAGCUCAGAGGUACACAGAAGGCCAUGCCUGUUAAUGGAAAGGGCAUGGAUUUUGAGUUAAGUGAAGGAGGUGAAUCAUUGCCCUCAUUAGAUACUAAUGGAGCACCAGAGGAGGAGAGUGAGAACAUAAUACCUAGGGAUGCUCAAGAUUCCAAGAGGAAGGAAGGGGUUAUCAAACCUACAGAGAUAAAUCAUGGAAACUGGGUUAAAGAUGAAGGAGAAGUUGAAGUGACCCAACCAGAUAUUCCAGCGAUUCCAGCCCAGCCUGCACGUUCCGAGAAGCCCUACAGAUGUAUGCACUGUGGCAAAGAGUAUGCUAGCCGCAGUGGACUAAAGGGACACAUGAAAACCCAUAGCGGAGGAGUGACCAAUGAGCCGAAUGCAUCAGUUGUUCCACAGUCCUCAGAGGGAAAUUAUAAAGACACUAUGGAGGCUAGUCCUAAUGCUUCCAGUGGAAACCUGCAAGAAGGCAGGAUAGAAAAUGGGAUGGAAAAGACUCCAGAAGAAUUGUCAACAGAGGAUUCACUGGCUACUGCUGGGUCAGCAGAUGGAGGACAGGAACCUGAGGACAGGGCCUAAAAGAAUGUAAAAGAAUGCAGAGACAUAAUGUUUGCCAGUUUUUGUUCAAACAUUUUUACUAUUCUUGUUAGAUGUAGCUCUUAAAUCUGUGAUAUUGUAGAAUAAUAGCGAUUCUGUUAACAUGGUAAUAUUAGUGCCUUUUUUUGAAGAUAAGGAAAUAUUGAUGUACACAAAGCAAGUCCUUGAUAUCAGAUAUCAGCAUUCUGAGAAUCAGGAUCAAUGGUUGAAAAAAAAUGUUGGUAUUUUAUAGUACAAAUUGUACAAUACGUUGAUUUCUGACCUUUUACAAUAGAUAUAAUUCCAACAUAAGUAAGAUUAUUUCAAGACAAAAAGGGUUUGCAUAUCCUAUAUCAUCAACACUGGUCAGCUCUAUAGAGGUGGACAAAAAUGGAAUCCCAAACUUUAAUUUCUUUUCUUUAAUGGUUUUUUUUUUUUUCCUCUCCCUUCACUGUAACCAUAAUGCUUCUGUAUGUACUGGAUGUUAUUAUCUGUAGCAGCACUGAUUUCAAGAUGUUUUAAAGUCUUUAUUAUGAGGAUUUAUUUCAGUGACGUUACACUGUAAAAUUUUGUGAACCAGGUCUUAUAACAUGCAUAUAGUACGCUCUCAGUAUGUCUUUGUAUGCAAUUAUUUUCAUUGGAUUCAUUACUCUAGCCCUAGUCCGUAUUUUACUGUAGCAUUGUCCAAUAUUGUCCAGGUGAUGAAAGUUAGGACUAAGUUUUACACACUGGAGCAGCUUCAGUAAGCAUGAUUGACCUGAGCAAUGAUGAGAAUGAUGAUUGUUAAGGUAUAUCUAAACUCUCUAGGCGGAGAGAUGACCUGACCUGACCUGAUCAUGACUUUGUUUUCAUUUAUAGGCAUUUAGUUGGUAUGCCCAAAUGGUCAAUUAUUUUCUCUUUUGAGUUACUCAAGAAAAAUGCUGCCCUUUGUCAGUGGAUUGCACUGAACUCUAUUUUGCUCACUCGCUAUUUUACGUUGUGUGUUGCCUUUUUUUUUACUUCAUUGUCUUGAAGUCUUGAAGGUUAGGAAUAAAAGCCGAAUGAAUGUCAUUCAGAUAAA